CAAUAUUCACAAUAACACCAGAUUCACAAGUAUUUAUCCCGUAAAAUUGUUUAUUUUAUGAAGCAACAGUAACAACGUAGUAUCAUGGACGAAAGUAACAUACCUAUCGACAUAAAUAUAGGAAAAUUGCAAGACUGGCUAGUCAGCCGUCGGCACGUAAACAAGGAAUGGCAGAAGAACAUCAUAGCGGUUAGAGAAAAAAUAAAUAAUGCCAUACAGGACAUGCCAGCACACCAAGACAUAACAGCUUUACUUUCAGGCAGUUAUAUCAAUUAUUUUCAUUGCCAGAAGAUCAUAGAGAUUUUAAAAGAAACUGAGGCCGAUACUAAGAACCUCUUCGGAAGGUAUGGUUCUCAGAGGAUGAAGGACUGGCUGGAUGUGGUGAAGAGUUAUGAAAAAGAAAACUUGUACUUGGCGGAGGCAGCACAGAUGUUGGUUAGGAAUAUUAACUACGAGAUUCCAAGUUUGAAGAAACAAAUAGCUAAGGAGGAGCAAUUGCAAGUUGAAUACGAAAAGAAGAAUGCAGACCACCUCAAAAAUGAGGCAUCAAUGAAGUCCGAGUUCCUGGCGCAGUGCCGGCAGCUUGGGAUCCAGGGAGACAAGAUCAAGAGGGAGCUGGUGGAGCGGCUGAAGGAACUACCAGAGAUAUAUGAAGAUAUUGGCAAAUCUCUAAAACCUAUUCAGCCCGGCAUAGAUCUCUACUCCGCCUUCACCAAAUAUGCCCUUGGAGACAAGGCUCCUGAAGUGCUACCGAUACUACAGUUUGUGGUGAACCACGGUAAUGUGACAGUGUAUGAGUGGAGCUACGGGGAGCCGCCGCUGGCUGUGGAGCCUGACCCGGUGCAUAUUGAGCUGGAUGAUGGAGACUGUGCUGGUGAUAAGAUUGAUUUCGGUGGUGGCGGCGGCAUUGACUUUGGAGCCGACGCGGGCGCCGACAUCGAUUUCGGGGAUGGCGAUACAGCGGAGAUCGACUGGGGCAACAUUGACAGCGCACCGGCUAUUGACCUGGAUCUGUCAAGCGAUUUAGCAGCCGUGGCCCUAGAGGAAUCCGGUAUAGUGGUGGAGUCGGCCGGCGUGGCGGGCGGCACCGCGCGCGGACGAGACGCUCUGACGCUGCUCGACAACCCUAGCACCAGAAAUCAAAUCAUAGACCAACUAGUCGAGCUCGAAUCCUUCCUCAAGAUGCGCCUCUACGAGACGAGCACCGACACACAGUCCUUCUCGCUCUUCCAGCAGCUGCCGACGGAGAGCCCGGACGCGCUGGCCGCCAUGUUGUCGACCGCUCAAGCCAGCACCGCGCGCCUCACCGCCACCAACCAUUUGCACAACGUUAAACAUUCUCCAAGAUACGUGGACAUGCUGACAGAACAACUGAAACAGAAGCUGGUGGUGUGCGACAAGCUAGCUGGUCUCGCGGCGCGCGUCAUACAGCAGCGCGAGGCGGCCAUAGCGCGCGCACAGAGCUUGCGGCCCGAGGUCUCCGCCCUCAUCACACGCAGCCGGACAUUACAGGAACAGAUCGAAGCGGACAUAUCUAAGAAGUACAAGGGCCGUCCGGUGAACAUCAUUGGCGGCGUCAAAUUCUUAUGAGCACCCAGUACAAAUGCUAAAUGACACUGUUUUCCACUGUUGACCUCUGUAUUUAAUAUAUGGCAAAGUUUAUUUACA